CAAAUGGAGAUCGUUGCAGCAGCAACAGCAGCAACAGCAGCAGCAGCAGCAGCAGGAGCAACAGCAGAAGCAACAGGACCGCCCGCAGCGGCGUCAGCUGCAGCAGCAGCAGACACAACAGCAACAGCGGCUGGAACAGCAGCAAAAUCACCCGUCCCAGCGUCAGCGCCUGAAGCAGCAGCAGCUGCUGCAGCAGGAUCACCACCUGCAGCAGCAGCAGCACGAACGCCAUCCCCUGCAGCAGCAGCAGGAGCAGCAGCAUCUGCAGGAGCAGCAGGGGAAGCAACAGCAGCAGCAGCAGGAGCAUCCCCACCUGCAGCAGCAGCAGCAUCAUCCCCACCCGCAGCAGCAGCAGGAGCACCGCCACCCGCAGCAGCAGCAGCAGCAGCACCUGCAGCAGCACCAGCAGCAGCAGCAGAAGCAGCAGCAGCAGCAGCAGAUGUUUUUGUUCCUCUUUUGA